AAUUUCUGGAUUAUUCACCAGGAGUGCUAGUGUUGUUCCUAUGUUCUAACCGAAGUCGUAUAUGUUAUACUGUCCGUCUUUAUUAACUUAUUCAUUGUUUAUACAGUAAAUGAGAAGUUAAGAAGGAUGUCUCAGCCGAAAACAGGACCUCAAGAUUUACCUCCUAAGGGAGGAUAUGCUCCUUUCGGUGUCAGUCGAACCAAGCUACGUACUAUACUAUCAGGUCGUGCGGGUGUGGGGAUAUUUGUUGUUGUCAAUGUCGUCUCAUUUCCACUGUACUAUAAAAAUUGGUUAAGCGAGCGAAUAAAAAUGCUCGAAACGAAAAGUCGAGAACUAGCAACAGUGCCCAUGUUGUUAGCAGAAAGAGAUAGAGCGAUCUUAAAACAUCAGAAACGAAUGAGAGAAUUAGAGGCUGAUGUAAUGAAGGAUUUCCCAUUUUGGGAAGUGGGCACAUUUUUUGGAGCACCGAUAUACGAAAGUGUUCCAGAAGAUACAUAUAUCGAACCAAAUUUCGGUGAAUGUUACACAUAUGCAGAUCCUUUAGAUUUUCCAAUAAUGCAGAUCUCACAUUUUCUAACGUAAACUUUGCAUUAUGAGGUUCUUUGCAGGUUCUUUAUGUGGUUGAGGUUCUUUAUGUAAGAUAGUAUGUUGUAUUAUAUUAAAUAUAAUUAAUAAAGUCAUAUUAGAAAUACAGGAAA